AUGGCGACUACCACGACGACGACGACCAGAAGCCGCAGGGCCGCUAGCGAGGUCAAGUCGGCGCCCAUCAAGCUCGUCGAAGGACCUCAGUACCCCGACAUCCAGACCAUCCGCGACGCCAUCCCCGCCCACUGCUUCGUGCCGUCUACCUGGCGCUCCCUAGGUUAUGUCUUCCGCGACGUGAGCAUGGCGGCUGCUCUCGGGUGGGCCGCCUUCACCUACAUCUCGCAGAUCGAGGACUUUACCUGGCGCACCGCCGUCUGGAUCGUCUACGGGUACCUCCAGGGCCUCGUCUGCACCGGCAUCUGGAUCCUGGCGCACGAGGCCGGCCACGGCGCCUUCUCGGUCCACCAGAAGCUCAACGACGUCGUCGGCUGGACGCUGCACUCGGCACUGCUGGUGCCCUACUUCAGCUGGAAGUUCUCCCACCACCGGCACCACCGCUUCACCGGCCACAUGGAGAAGGACAUGGCUUUCGUCCCGCACACCAAGGCGGACCGCGAGAAGCGCCGGUUGGCGGACCUCUACCUGGACCGCGAGCUGUUCGAGGAUAUCCCUGUGGUGCAGCUCUUCAAGCUGCUGGCGCACCAGCUCGCCGGCUGGCAGAUGUACCUGCUGUUCAACGUCUCGGCCGGCUCCGACAGCCAGCAGAGCAAGGCCAGCUGGUGGCGCGUGAGCCACUUCGAGCCCACCAGCGCUGUCUUCCGUCCUAGCGAGGCCUUGUACGUCGCAAUCACGGAUAUCGGUCUGCUCAUCGUCGCCGGCCUGCUCUACCUCGCCUCGACCGUUGUUGGCUGGAAGAUGGUGUUCCUCAUGUAUGGCGUGCCGUAUUUCUGGGUCCACCACUGGCUGGUUGCCAUCACCUACCUGCACCACACCCACCCCGAUGUCCACCACUUCGAGGCUGAUAGCUGGACCUUCGUCAAGGGCGCCCUGGCCACGGUUGACCGCGACUUCGGCUUCGUCGGCCGCCACCUCUUCCACGGCAUCAUUGACACCCACGUCAUCCACCAUCUUUUCCCGAGGAUUCCGUUCUACAAGGCUGAGGAGGCCACCGAGGCCAUCAAGCCGCUUCUGGGCGAUCUGUACCACCGCGAGGAGCGCUCCUUCAUGGGCCAACUGUGGUCGACGUUCACCCAGUGCAAGUAUGUCGAGGCGGACCCGGCGGCGCCUGGUGCGCUGAAGUGGGCCGAGAAGAAGUAA